AUUGCCGCCAUUCACAGAUAAGAAUCAACCAUGACAGAGGAGCGACUCGUUACCGAAGUACCUAGCAGCCUGAAACAACUCGCUAGACUGGUCGUCCGAGGAUUUUACACAAUUGAAGAUGCUCUCAUUGUAGAUAUGCUGGUUAGGAACCCGUGUAUGAAAGAGGAUGAUAUUUGUGAACUUCUGAAAUUCGAACGCAAAAUGCUAAGAGCCAGAAUAGCAACUCUCAAGAACGAUAAAUUCAUCCAAGUGAGAUUAAAAAUGGAAACAGGGCCAGACGGUAAAGCACAAAAAGUGAACUAUUAUUUCAUAAACUACAAAACAUUCGUAAAUGUGGUAAAAUACAAAUUAGAUCUCAUGCGUAAACGGAUGGAAACAGAGGAACGCGACGCUACAAGCCGUGCCAGCUUCAAGUGCCCUUCUUGCGGGAAAACAUUCACAGACCUCGAGGCAGAUCAGCUAUACGAUAUGAUGACCCAAGAAUUUAGAUGCACGUUUUGUAAUCAAGUCGUAGAAGAAGAUCAAUCGGCGCUCCCCAAAAAAGAUUCGAGAUUACUAUUAGCCAAGUUCAACGAGCAACUGGAACCUCUUUACAUUCUCUUGCGGGAAGUAGAGGGCAUCAAGUUGGCACCAGAGAUUUUGGAGCCAGAACCCGUGGACAUUAACACUAUUAGAGGCUUAACGUCCAAGCAACUGCCAGCCCGUCCAUCAGGAGAGCAAUGGUCAGGAGAAGCCACAAGGAACCUAGGGCUGGCUGUGGAAGAGACUCGCGUUGAUGUCACGAUCGGGGAGGCGGACAACGCAGUCGACGCGUCAGCUCAGCGCAAGGAACGGCCCGUAUGGAUGGUCGAAAGUACUAUCGUCACUAAUGACCAGAAUGACAGCGUCCACGCGGCAGACGCAGCUCUGGAAAAGGCGGCUGGCAACGUCAGUGGAAAAAUCACUGGAAAAGAAAAAGCCGACGACAUUAUGUCUGUCUUACUCGCUCAUGAGAAGCAAAGUACAGGAACGGCCGCCUCGAAUGCUCUAAAAGGAAUCGAACCUGAAAGCUCGGACUCUAGCGACAACGAGACCAAAGAUCCUUACAAGCUUAAAGAUGAAUUGGCUGCAGUCGCUGAAAUGGAAAGUGAAGAUUCAGAAUCUGACGACAACGUGCCUGUUGUUUUGGUGAAUGGAAAAACAGUGCCUCUAACGAACGUAAAUGAUGACGUCAUAGCUCAAAUGACACCAUCCGAAAAGGAAACGUACAUCCAAGUGUAUCAGGAAUAUUACAGUCAUAUGUACGAUUAACUUUUAAUUUAGGUAGUAAUACAUAAACGUUAAUUUAAGGAGUUCUGAUAACAAUAAAUAUU